AUGGAACCGUGCAAUGAAUACAUGGACCCGGAGGCGAACAAGGUAGAUUCAUUUGACGAACACAUUGACAAGAUGUUUGCUGCUUUUGAUGUUGAAAAGUGCAAAGGACGAAAGACUAUUGAGUUUUGGGAUGCUGAUCUCAUUGAUUCUGAUGGAAUAGUCAAGCACGCUAAAAUGAGUGUGAGGGAGGCUAUGAAGCGAUCUCUUAAUGGUAGCAAGAUCAUACUGAGGUUCAACGAGGAACUGCAAGCAGUCGGAGAUGGAGCUGGCCUGUUAAGGGGCAUUCUAGGAGCACUGGGUUCUGAUUACAAUAAAUUUUCUAUCUGUGAGAAGAGUUUGGCAAAGGUGCAGGGCAAAGACAGGAUUUAUGAUUAUUGCAUAAAGGAGAUGUUCCACUUUCAAGAAGAUAGCGGUGGUAGAAUCAAGAAAAUAUUUUUGCAACAAAUGGGGAGGUCCUGGAAGGAUACAAGGGGGAGGCUGUAUGACUCGCAUUCCAAACCAACUUUGACACUUGAGCAGAAUCUUAACAACCACCCGAAGGGAAUUCCUAGAGUGCAUUGGAGGUGGUUCAUUGAUUAUCGUAAUGAUGUUGCCGCAAAGACAAAGUGCAAGCAAAACGCGCUGAAUCGAAAGAAGCAGCUUUACACGAACACUGGCGGUUCUAAAAGCUUGGCUAGGACAAGGGAAGAAGAGUCACAAAAACAAGGGAAGAGAGUUGGUAGGGAAAAAGUAUGGAUCCUAAAGCACAAACGAUGUGAUGGCACCUACAUACACGAAGAAGCGCAGAGGAUUGGUGAAAAAAUAUCUGAGAUUGAGAAGCUGGAUGAAACUACGAGAAUAUUGUCUGAAAAUGAUUCCCUUGCCCAAACUCUCGGUAAAGAGCACUCAGGUAGAGUGCGUGGCAUAGGUUUCGGGCCGACAUUAAUUCAACUCUUUCAUCCGAGUUCGCAGCCGCCAUUGGAUAGAGUUCGAAUAGAAGAGGCCCAAAGGAUGCUGUUUGAACUACAGGCGGAGGUGACGGCUGAGAAAUUGAAAAGGAAGACGGUGGAGGAUGAAGUAGCAGCAAAAAAAUUGAAAAGGAAGGCAAUAGAGGAUGAAAUAGUAGCAGAAAAAACAAAGAGAUAGGCAUUAGAGAGUGUGCUGAGUUUUGUAGUCCAACAGCAAGGUGGAGAGCUGCUACCAGACAUUGCUGCACGGAUGAAUUCUUUGGAUGGACAUGGCGGAAAAUAGAAAUUAGGAUAUAUGUGAUAGUUUAUUUUUCGAUAUAUGUUUUGUUUAUGUUACUAUGCAGCAUUAAUUAUUAGCCAAAUACUUUAC